AUGAUUUGUUUAAAAUUUUUGAAUAUAUGUCCAAAAUACCCUUGUUUGAUUACGUCAAAUCUUCCAAUAGUAUUCAAGCGUGAGAUCUUCAGUUUUGGUCCUACGUUUACCAAAAAAUCACAAUCUUACAAAGAAAGAAGACUGUUAGGGUAUUCUCCGGAAAACAUGUUUGAUAUUGCAAUUGACGUUGGUCGUUAUUCAGAAUUUAUACCUUGGUGUAACCAAUCAACUGUUUUGGAACAAGGUGAAAAUAACAUGCUAGCUUGUCUGGGUGUUGGAUUUCCUCCACUUAGUGAAUCAUAUAUGUCUCGAAUAACAUUUCAGCGACCGAAACACUUAAAGUCUGUCGCUCAAAAUGCUGGAAUGUUUCAUCAUUUAAUUAAUGAAUGGCAUUUUCAUCCAGGUCUCCCAGAGAAUCCGAAUUCUUGUUUUGUAGAGUUUUCCGUGGAUUUCGAAUUUUGUUCUCCUAUUUAUUCAAAAAUUGCUGGAUUAUUUUUUGAUCAAGUUGUCACUGUUAUGGUAAAUGCUUUUAUGGAUCGUGCUAAAGAUAAAGCAAAUCCGUACCUAGUUAAUUUGAAACAGAUGUCAAUGAAUUCAAAUCUAUGCGUAUUAACACAAAAAAUUGGACGUCUUCUGCUUAUCGGUUUAAAUAGACCAGAGAAAGGUAAUUUAAUAAAUCAAACAACUGCUUCAAUGUUAAGUGAUGUAUUAUACAAUCAAUUUGAUAAAGAUGAUAAUAUUAUUGGAGGUGUAUUAUAUGGUGAAGGAAAAGAUUUUUGUUUGGGUUUGGAUAUAGAAGAAUUAACGGAUUAUAUAAAACAAAAUCCAACUUGUGAUAAUACAUCAUUGAAUAGACUUUAUUCAUGUGUAUCUAUAGAUUCUACUAAAUUAACAUUUUCAAAGCCGCUUAUUGCAGCAAUUACUGGAAAAGCUAUCGGUGCUGGUUUAGAACUAGCAUUAGCAUGUGAUCUACGCGUUGCUGAGAUCGAUUCCAUAUUGAGUUUACAUAAACGAAAACAUUGUAUACCAAUGAUGAAUAUGGGUACAGUACGCUUACCAGGAUUAAUAGGUUUAUCUCGUUCUCUUGAUAUGAUAUUAACUGGACGUGAAUUGCAUGCUAAUGAAGCAUUGGAAUUUGGGUUAGUUAAUCGUGUUACUCCAACUGGAACUGCUAUUGGUGUUUCAGUGAAAAUGAUUGAUGCUAUGUAUCGACUACCUGGGUUAUCCGCUUUAUACGCUGAUAGAUCUAAUGUAAUACGAGCUAGUCAAUGUUCCAUGAAUUCAGAAUUGGCAAAAAUGGAGUAUACUGAAGCUUUAAAUGCAUUUAAAAGUGAAGGAAUUAAAGUAAUUAAUGAGAAAUUAUCGGAUCAACCAACGGAACGUGAAUGUAAUGGAAAUUGA